AUGGAAGAUAUAAUUAGAAGUCUGGGAACAGACUUUGAUGAAGAAUAUUUUAAAAAGGAAAAUGAAAUUCGACAAAGUUUACUUAGCAAUGCAAUAAACGUUUAUCUAAGGAUUAGACCAAAUAAACGUUCAGAAAAUGAAAAAGAGUUUCCCUUUAAAAUCGAAGAUGAUAAUUCAAUUACUUUAGGAUCUCAUCAGACCAAAAGCUAUAAAUUUUUUUACACUAAAAUAUUUUCUGAAAGCUCAAAUCAGAAAGAUGUUUUCGAAAUUUGCAUGUCCAAAAGCAUACAAAAUUUUAUAUUAUAUGAAAAAUCUUUUCUCCUCUUUACAUAUGGAAUAACCAAUUCAGGGAAAACAUAUACAAUGCAAGGUAACAUGUGUAGUAUUGGAUUGUUACCGAGAUUUUUGGCCACACUUUUUAUGAUGCUCAAAGAUAAUCUGCUGGACAUUCAAAAGAUGAGUAACAGCAAUGGAAAUUUACUCUCCAGCGUGGAUACCUAUCAAAGAUUCGAUACCAUUUGCAACGCUAGUGACGUGGCAGAUACUACCAAUCCUCGAAUAUUGGAUCUGAUUAUGAACGAGAUACAUCCUCUGCCGCAUUUACCUCAAGAUAACUCUUGCCCCCUCGCCGAUUUCCUCUUCUACUUUUCCAUUUCCUUUGUCGAGGUUUAUAACGAAAAUAUAUUCGAUUUGCUCGAUGAGGAUUUCUCGCUAAACGCCAAAAAAUAUUCCCACGACAAUAAUAAGAAAAUGAGGGUUCUACGCAACCAUAACAAGGGAGCUGGCAACUUCGCGGAGAGCAAAAUUUCCACCGGAAGUUCCGUGUACGGAAGUAGCCUCGAAAAUUAUUCCAUGGCGAGCAAGUGCCACAGCAAUAACGGUGGCGUUUUUCAAAAACGCCGCGCUUUGAAAAUAGGGGAAGAUAGAGACCGAGACGUUUAUAUCAAAAAUUUAACCGUUAUAAACGUGUCUAGUCUAAGCCAGGUAUUAUUUUAUCUGGAAACGGGCAAAAGAAAUCUCAAGAUGGCUUCAACUUUACUCAAUUACAAUUCGAGUAGAAGUCAUUCGAUAUUCACCAUCAAAUUGCAUCGAUGUUCGAGGAGGAAUCUAAACAUUAUCCAUACCAAUGAAUUUACAUUUUGCGAUUUAGCCGGGGCAGAAAGGACCGUUAAAACUGGUAACGUUGGCGAUAGGCUUUUCGAGGCUAGAAAUAUCAAUUCUUCACUGCUAACGUUAUCAAAAUGCUUGCAAAUUAUCAAACACAAUGAAUUGCACAAGGACCAUCCUAAAUUGAUCCCAUUCAGGGAAAGCAAACUGACCCGUCUGUUUCAGAACUAUUUUCUGAGAGCAAACUCGAAAAUUUCUAUGAUCGUUAACAUAAGCAAAAAUGAAGGGAUGUAUCCUGAAACGCUUCAUUCCUUAAAAUUCUCCGCUCUCGCCAAAAAAAUUGUUUUAAACAACUUAAAAUCCUUCUCUUCUCACCAUCGGCACCAAUAUUUCACUAAUAUAGACCACGCGGAACAAAUGGUCGAUUCAAAUAAUCAGCAUGUUAUCGUCAUUUCGAAAGACCUCAUUACAGACGACGGAAAAAUUUUGUACGAUAUUAAGGGGAAUGCGUAUGAUAUCCGACAUUUUGAGGAUAGUUAUGAAAAAAACGGGGAUGGUAUAAUGAGAGGAAAAAAAGGAUUUAGGAUGGCUCUUUGGCUAUUAGACUACCAUUGA